UGAGGCUCAUUCGCCAUUUUAUGGCUCGAGAGUCGCUUUGUUGAAGUCGAACCAGCGCUUCAUGAUUGUGAAUUUGAAGGAAAUUUAGAGCUAGGCUGAUUGCGAGAAGUUAUAUCGGCAAGGACGGUAAAUAGCAUAGGAACUAGCCAACUGUUGAAAAUAGUAACAUUCUUCUUGACUAGCUAGCGUUGACUCUGUGGUUAGCAUUGCUAGGCUAACAGCUUUAGCAAGCAACGGCUCAAGAAACUUCGAUCAAUCGACGAAUAAAAUUCUCUUAAUUUGAUAUUAUCAAAUUACAACACUGACGACCACCGUGCAAGACUCGAAGACCGAGGAGAUGGCGAGCUCCGUGGGAAAUGUGGCUGACAGCACAGAACCGACAAAACAACGUAUGCUUUCCUUCCAAGGGUUGGCCGAGCUGGCGCACAGGGAGUACCAGUCGGGUGACUUUGAGGCUGCCGAGCGCCACUGUAUGCAGCUGUGGAGGCAGGAGCCCGACAACACGGGCGUGCUACUGCUGCUCUCCUCCAUCCACUUCCAGUGUCGCAGGCUCGACAGGUCUGCCCACUUCAGCACCUUGGCCAUCAAGCAGAACCCGAUGCUUGCUGAGGCCUACUCCAACCUGGGCAACGUGUACAAGGAGCGCGGGCAGUUGCAGGAGGCUAUAGAGCACUACCGCCACGCCCUGCGGCUGAAACCAGACUUCAUCGACGGGUACAUCAACCUGGCAGCAGCCCUGGUGGCAGCGGGGGACAUGGAGGGAGCCGUCCAGGCCUACGUCUCAGCGCUACAGUACAACCCUGAUCUGUACUGUGUCCGCAGCGACCUGGGGAACUUGCUCAAAGCCCUCGGGCGUUUGGAAGAGGCUAAGGCGUGUUACCUGAAGGCUAUUGAGACUCAGCCCAACUUUGCGGUGGCUUGGAGCAACCUGGGUUGUGUGUUCAACGCCCAGGGAGAGAUAUGGUUGGCCAUACACCACUUUGAGAAGGCUGUGACUCUGGAUCCCAACUUCCUGGAUGCCUACAUCAACUUGGGCAACGUUCUGAAAGAGGCUCGCAUCUUUGACAGAGCGGUGGCUGGCUACCUGCGUGCCCUCAGCCUGAGCCCCAACCACGCCGUCGUCCACGGCAACCUGGCGUGCGUCUACUACGAGCAGGGUCUUAUCGACCUGGCCAUCGACACGUACCGCCGCGCCAUCGAGCUGCAGCCCCACUUCCCUGACGCCUACUGUAACCUGGCCAACGCCCUCAAGGAGAAGGGCAAUGUAAGGAAGAACACGGUAUCAGAGGCUGAGGAGUGUUACAACACAGCCCUGCGUCUGUGUCCCACCCACGCAGACUCUCUCAACAACCUGGCCAACAUCAAGAGGGAGCAGGGCAACAUCGAGGACGCCGUCCAGCUCUACAGGAAAGCACUGGAGGUGUUUCCAGAGUUUGCAGCGGCCCACUCUAACCUGGCCAGCGUUCUGCAGCAGCAGGGGAAACUCCAGGAAGCCCUCAUGCACUACAAAGAGGCCAUCAGAAUCAGCCCUACGUUUGCUGAUGCCUACUCCAACAUGGGCAACACUCUGAAGGAGAUGCAGGAUGCCCAGGGAGCUCUACAGUGUUACACCAGAGCCAUCCAGAUCAACCCUGCCUUCGCUGACGCUCACUCUAACUUGGCCUCCAUACACAAGGACUCUGGUAACAUCCCAGAAGCCAUUGCGUCUUACCGUACUGCCCUGAAACUGAAGCCUGACUUCCCUGAUGCCUACUGCAACCUGGCACACUGCCUGCAGAUUGUGUGUGACUGGACAGACUAUGAUGAGCGUAUGAAGAAGCUGGUGAGCAUCGUGGCUGACCAGUUAGAUAAGAACCGGCUGCCCUCGGUGCACCCCCACCACAGCAUGCUGUACCCCCUCUCUCACGGCUUCCGCAAGGCCAUCGCUGAGAGGCACGGCAACCUCUGUCUGGACAAGAUCAAUGCGCUCCACAAGCCGGCCUUUGAAUACCCCAAGGACCUGAAGGCCAGCGCGGGUCGUCUGAGGGUGGGAUAUGUCAGCUCUGACUUCGGGAACCACCCUACCUCCCACCUCAUGCAGUCCAUCCCCGGCAUGCACAGCUCUGAGAAGUUUGAGGUGUUCUGCUAUGCACUGAGCCCAGAUGACAACACCAACUUUAGGGUUAAAGUGGUAGCCGAGGCCAAUCACUUCACUGAUCUGUCCCAGCUCCCGUGUAACGGUAAGGCAGCAGACAGGAUUCAUCAGGAUGGACUCCACAUCCUGGUCAAUAUGAACGGCUAUACCAAAGGAGCCCGCAACGAGCUGUUUGCCCUGCGCCCCGCUCCCAUCCAGUGUAUGUGGCUGGGCUACCCGGGGACCAGCGGAGCUCCCUUCAUGGACUACAUUGUGUCAGACAAGGAGACGUCCCCCUUCGAGGUGGCAGAGCAGUACUCUGAGAAACUAGCCUACAUGCCACACACCUUCUUCAUUGGAGACCACGCUAACAUGUUCCCCCACCUCAAGAAAAAGGCGGUGAUUGACUUCAAGUCAAACGGCCACAUCUUUGACAACCGCAUCGUUCUGAAUGGCAUCGACCUCAAGGCCUUCCUGGACAGCCUGCCUGACGUUAAGGUGGUCAAGAUGAGGUGUGCCAGUGGGGACAGUGGAGUAGCAGAAACCAACGGGGCUUUGUCCAUGCCUGUCAUCCCCAUGAACACAGCAGCUGAGGCCAUCAUCAACAUGAUCAACCAGGGACAGAUACAGGUCACCAUCAACGGAUUCACCGUCAGCAACGGACUGGCCACCACACAGAUCAACAACAAGGCAGCUACAGGAGAAGAGGUGCCUCGUACCAUCGUGGUGACAACCCGCUCCCAGUAUGGCCUGCCUGAGGACUCCAUCGUCUACUGCAACUUCAACCAGCUCUACAAGAUCGACCCUCCCACCCUGCAGAUGUGGGCCAAUAUCCUGAAGCGUGUUCCCAACAGUGUUCUGUGGUUGCUGCGUUUCCCUGCGGUGGGCGAGCCCAACAUCCAGCAGUACGCCCAGAACUUCGGCCUGCCCGGCUCCCGCAUCAUCUUCUCUCCCGUGGCGCCCAAGGAGGAGCACGUGAGACGGGGCCAGCUAGCUGACGUGUGUCUGGACACGCCACUCUGUAACGGACACACCACCGGCAUGGACGUCCUCUGGGCCGGGACACCUAUGGUUACCAUGCCAGGUGAGACCCUGGCGUCACGCGUGGCAGCCUCUCAGCUACAGUGUCUGGGCUGUCCUGAGCUCAUCGCCCACACCAGACAGGAAUAUGAGGACGUGGCUGUCAAACUAGGCUGUGACAUGGAAUAUCUGAAGAUGAUCCGGUCCCGUGUGUGGAAGCAGCGUAUCUGCAGCCCUCUGUUCAACACCAAGCAGUACACUAUGGAUCUGGAGAAGCUCUACCUGCAGAUGUGGGAGCGUCACGCCAGCGGCGGCAAGCCAGACCACCUGGUCAAACUGCAGCCCGUCGAGAGCAGUGAGAGCGCCUGAAAUCCCAGACCCAGGGUGCGUCCCAAAUGGCAUCCUAUUCUCUAUAUAGUACACUGCCUAUGACCGAGGCCCGAGACAAAGGUAGUGCACUACAAAAAGGAACAUGGUGCUAUAUGGGACGCUACCCCCCGAACCAGACGUCCCAUCGAUCGAUGCACGUCGCCCCACCCUGACCUCGAACCCCCAGACCUCUUAACUCCAGUCCCUCCAGAGCAGCAGAAGCAUCUUGGCUUGAACUCUGACCCCCAUACGCCCCUAACCCACCACUCUGCCCCUCCUGCCCAAUGCCUAGCGCCUAUCUGCUCCCCUUUAGCCCCCUUCAUCCCUUCCCUCCCCUGUGACUUGGACUCUUGUCUGUUGUAGAGCCUGCAGGUGUAUCUCCCUCUACCCCCUCCCUGCCAUUCACCUCCUCCCUCGUUAUCAUAUAUCCAUCCAUGUCUGUUUCCCUGAGCCAGACUGAGCCAGAACCACUCUGCCCUUCACCUGAGACUCUUCCCCCAAACCACAGCAUCCACGCUGGGUACGAGAGGAGGAACACCCCCUCUCCUUCCCUCCCUCCCUCCAUACAGCACCUAGAAGAGACUCCCCUUGGCUUUUUCACUUCCCUUCUUCUGUGUGUGUAUAUGGGACUCGUUAGGGGUUUGAGAGUCAGUCCCAAGCCUCCAUGUAAUAAGAGUACGAAGGGACUGUGUUGCACCGCAGUCUGAAGAUCUAGUCACUCGUCUUGAACUAAAAACAUUGAAUCAGCUUAAACAUUGUCUUUAGUUUGCAGCUGCUCUUGGUUUUUCUCAUCUUAUGCUAUUGGUAACUCUGCCAGGAUAUGAGUACAUAUGAGUAGUUUCAUUAUCAGAUUUCAGAGAGAAAGAUCAUAACCACUUCCUUCCCCCACCACCAAAUGCCAACUUAAGGAUUUUGUCAUGUUGUCAAUGUAAGAAAACAAAGAAAUAAUCUUGCCGGCUUUGUCCUCUUGUUCGAUGUCACGCACUACGCUUGUUAAGACCAAACCGUAUGGAUAAACUGAACAGAGAGGAGUUUGUCAGUACGACCCCAUUGGAAUGGCCCUGUAUUUCUUUCACCCUUAGUUAUGCUGCUCCUCUCCCCCACGCAAUGAUUGAUUUAUAUCACUCAAACCAGGAAUGGCCAUGGUAAGUAUUUUCUGAGCAGUUUUAGUUCUGUACUCUUGUCUAUGUUUUAUUGAAGCUCUGUCUGGUAUGCUGCAAAGCUCUGACUCCAUUUCUGUUGAAAUAAAGAAAUAAGGCCAACCUCUU